AUGACGCAUGCGGAGGACACCAAGCAGGCAUACGCCACUGCGUCUGCGCGGUGGCGCGCCAUUGUGAACCGAGAUGCCGCUGCGACUUGUUUCGUGUAUGGCGUGAGAACAACUAAGAUCUACUGUCGUCCGCGAUGUCCUGCACGCUUGGCACGCCGAGCUAACGUGAUUUUUUACGAUACCCCAUCUCAAGCGGAAAAAGCAGGAUACCGGCCCUGCAAGCGGUGCAAGCCGGAGGAUCUUCGCGCCCCAACAGAUCCUCAUGUUCGUCUCGCACAAAAGGCCUGCGAGACGAUGUCGCUCGCGGCUAUGGCUGCUGGGGAAAGACAACGGCCGACGUUGCAGGAUUUAGCUUCGGAGGCAGGAUUGACUCCCAGUCACUUCCAUCGGGUAUUCAAGAAGGUGGUUGGUGUGACUCCAGGGAAGUACGCGCGGGAUCUGCUGGAAGGGAAGACAUUUCACAAGAAGUUGCCGGAUGGAACGAUUAUAGGAUGGCCGCCAGUGCCACCGAUCGGGACCGAUACUGUCUCAACGACCCAGACCCAACCUCAUACUCAAGCCCAAGUCCAACAACAACUACCAGCCCCCAUACAAACAACGCUUCCAGGUCCAAUACAAGGGCUGGGAGUAACGUCAGGAUUAGAUUUGCCAAAUCAGGCAUUAGGACAAGAUCCAAGCAAUGUGGGGAUUGACUGGAAUGAGUUUGAUUUGAUGCUGGCUGCAACCACAAGGCCGCCAACAGAUUACAUUGGCAACGGUGGGUUUUACAUACCUACAACAGAUCACCAUCUUGACCCGAGCACUUUGGUUGAUACAUCCAUGUUCUCUGUGAACCCUCAGUCAGGUGGCCACCUUGGUUUCCCAGAAUACGUGAAUGACACGGUUGACUUCUCGCUGGGAACUCCUCUUUUUGAUACUCCUGCCCUCACUACACGACUCACAUCUGUGCCAUCGUCGUUGCAGUCGUUAUCACCCACCGACUCUCCGCCAUUGUUCGACUCGUGCGAUUCUCCGCUACUGUACGAGGAAGUUGACUGGAUAGAAAACUCAGGGCUGUUUCAGACCUUUCCCUAA